AUGCCCUCAAAUGCACCGUUCACCUGCGCGAGCAGACUGGAUGCAGAGCUCCUUCCCCUUCUCACAGCUCAUACACAGCUGGAUGUAGAGCUCCUUCCCCUUCUCACAGCUCAUGCACAGCUGGAUGCAGAGCUCUUUCCCCUUCUCACAGCUCAUGCACAGCUGGAUGCAGAGCUCCUUCCCCUUCUCACAGCUCAUGCACAGCUGGAUGCAGAGCUCCUUCCCCUUCUCACAGCUCAUGCACAGCUGGAUGCAGAGCUCCUUCCCCUUCUCACAGCUCAUGCACAGCUGGAUGCAGAGCUCCUUCCCCUUCUCACAGCUCAUGCACAGCUGGAUGCAGAGCUCCUUCCCCUUCUCACAGCUCAUGCACAGCUGGAUGCAGAGCUCCUUCCCCUUCUCACAGCUCAUGCACAGCUGGAUGCAGAGCUCCUUCCCCUUCUCACAGCUCAUGCACAGCUGGAUGCAGAGCUCCUUCCCCUUCUCACAGCUCAUGCACAGCUGGAUGCAGAGCUCCUUCCCCUUCUCACAGCUCAUGCACAGCUGGAUGCAGAGCUCCUUCCCCUUCUCACAGCUCAUGCACAGCUGGAUGCAGAGCUCUUUCCCCUUCUCACAGCUCAUGCACAGCUGGAUGCAGAGCUCUUUCCCCUUCUCACAGCUCAUGCACAGCUGGAUGCAGAGCUCUUUCCCCUUCUCACAGCUCAUGCACAGCUGGAUGCAGAGCUCUUUCCCCUUCUCACAGCUCAUGCACAGCUGGAUGCAGAGCUCUUUCCCCUUCUCACAGCUCAUGCACAGCUGGAUGCAGAGCUCCUUCCCCUUCUCACAGCUCAUGCACAGCUGGAUGCAGAGCUCCUUCCCCUUCUCACAGAUCAUGCACAGCUGGAUGCAGAGCUCCUUCCCCUUCUCACAGCUCAUGCACAGCUGGAUGCAGAGCUCCUUCCCCUUCUCACAGCUCAUGCACAGCUGGAUGCAGAGCUCCUUCCGCUUCUCACAGCUCAUGCACAGCUGGAUGCAGAGCUCCUUCCCCUUCUCACAGCUCAUGCACAGCUGGAUGCAGAGCUCCUUCCCCUUCUCACAGCUCAUGCACAGCUGGAUGCAGAGCUCCUUCCCCUUCUCACAGCUCAUGCACAGCUGGAUGCAGAGCUCCUUCCCCUUCUCACAGCUCAUGCACAGCUGGAUGCAGAGCUCCUUCCCCUUCUCACAGCUCAUGCAGGGCUGGAUGUAUGGGGGAGAGACGCAGAGGAAGAAGGGCACACUAGAAAGAUCCCCCCCCUCCCCUCCACCGCUCCCCAACCGCCCCUCCACCGCUCCACCACCUCAUCCCCAGCGCCCGUCUUUAUCUCACCUGCGCCAGCGUCAGCAAACGGCCUGUUUGGCGGAAGUGCAGGAACGACGCUGCCUCCACAUACUCUUGCAACUGCCAAGGUCAAGAGUGGAGCGCAGGUGGAAAAGACGUCUCCAACGUAG